AUGGAUCCUCUGGGUGCUCGCUCUCAGUUCGUAGACAUCCAGACUCUCCCCACGUGGGAGCAGCAGCUGGAUCCUGAAGCUGAGGAGAUCCCGCAGGAGUACAGCGACAGCCUGGUCAGCCAGCAGGCCUUCCCCUCGCCCUUCCCUUUCAGGCCUGACAUCAACCGGAAGAUCAUCCUCUUCACUGGUGACAUAGCCCUGCUGAACUGUACAGCCAUCGUCAACACCAGCAACGAGUCGCUGAACGACAAGAACCCAGUUUCUGACAGCAUCCAUCAGCUGGCAGGGCCGGAGCUCAGAGACGAACUGCUCAAACUCAAAGGAUGCCGGACAGGGGAAGCAAAAAUGACCAAAGGCUUCAACUUGGCAGCGAGGUUCAUCAUCCACACAGUGGGACCAAAGUACAAAGCCAAGUACAGGACGGCCGCUGAGAGCUCCCUGUACAGCUGUUACAGGAACAUCAUGCAGCAAGCCAAAGAGCAGGCGAUGGUGUCUGUGGGCUUAUGUGUGGUGAGCACGACCAAAAGAGGCUAUCCGCUGGAAGACGCCACACACAUCGCUCUCAGAACAGUGCGCAGGUUCCUGGAGAACUAUGGAAACAACAUUGAGACUGUGGUGUUUGCCGUGUCAGACACAGAGGAGCCGGUGUACAGGAAGUUGCUGCCUCUGUACUACCCUCGCACUGAAGAAGAGGAGAGGACCAGCCUGCCUCUCAUCCCGGCCGACAUCGGAAACUCUGAGGGCGAACCCGUAGUCCCCGAGAGACAGAUCCGUAUCACUGAGAAACCAGGCACCCUAGAAGAUGACUGUGAGGACAGUCUGGAGUCUGACCUGGGCCAGGUGGGGAACCACGCCUUUGCCCGGAUGGAGGGCGACGUCGACAAACAGCGCAAACUGAUCCUGCAGGGUCAGAUGUCGGAGGCUGCCAUGCAGAAACAGCAUCAGAGGAAUUAUAAUCGCUGGUUAUGUCGAGCGCGAGCAGAGGACCUGUCAGACAUAGCUGCACUGAAGGCCUUAUAUCAAACUGGUGUGGAUAUGUGUGGCCGGACGGUGAUGGUGGUGGUUGGACGAAAUAUCCCGGUGACCCUCAUCGACCUAGAAAAGGCCCUGCUGUACUUCAUCCAUGUGAUGGACCACAUCACGGUGAAGGAGUAUGUGAUGGUUUACUUCCACACCCUGACCGGCGAGCACAACCACCUGGACUCGGACUUCCUCAAGAACCUCUACGACAUCGUGGACGCCAAAUUUAAGAAGAACUUGAGGGCGUUCUACUUUGUACAUCCGACAUUUCGCUCUAAGGUCUCAACAUGGUUCUUCACCACCUUCAGUGUGUCAGGAAUGAAGGACAAGGUUCACUACCUGGACAACCUGAAGCAGCUCUUCACCUGCAUCAAGCCUGAGCAGAUCGACAUCCCUCCCUUCGUACUGGAGUAUGACACACGGGUGAACGGGCCUCACCAUCCCUCUCAAUCCUCCAGUCUGUGACACUAAACCAAUGAGACUCUUCGCUGGGGGUCAAGAGGUGACAGCCUGUCCAAUACCAGCCCUGUAUGACCACCAUGGUGGCAGUUUGGUCCAAACUCAGCGGAUAUUCUGAAAGCCCUGAACCAUAGUGGGGAAACUGUCCUUUUGUCCUGCUCCAGCCAACAGGACAGAAGUAACAGCCUCAGGCCAAAUUUACCAGCGUGUGGCUAGUGGCCGGUGUUUGCUUCCCACCCACCACAGACUAUUUAUGGAUCUCAUAUGGUUUCUGGAAUAUGCCCGACACCAGGAGGUUUUAUUCAGCUGUUUCUUCAAAGAUCCCAAUAUAUGACGUAUAAUGCUCUUCUGAUGGUUGCUCAAAGUGAUUUACAUUUUUUUGGCGAUAUCAGACAUCCUCUCCCAUGUCUCAAAAUAUUGCAAUGCUGGAUUAUGAUCAGGGAAAAUGAUGCCUGUCUAGACCACCCACGCCAUCCUAUGCCAUUGUAUGUUUCCAGAGUUUCCAGAGAUUAUGGAGGAACUAAAGGCUAAUGCUGCGUUCCAUUCAAAGUCAGAAGUCUGAAAUACCCAGCUGGUAGGUUGUAAUUACAACCUCUGUGGAUUCUAGUGAUCCAUAGAAACAGAGAUGCCCACAAGAUUUUCUUAAGCGAACAAAAAAAUCACUCUUCCACAUGCAAAGCAAAUGUUUUGUCAGUGAUACUUGCCAAUGUUAGCUAGAUAGCUGGUCAGGUUGAGGCAUUAAUCGAAAUAUUAUUCUAAUCGCAAUAUGGCCAAUUGCAGUAUCCAAAUCCUUUUUUUUUUUUCCCAUGAAGGUAAAAUGUGUGAUAAAACACUGCUGUAAGUAAAGAAUUAUGGUGCUACAGCUUAGAGAUCCUCUGGCCCACAAAUUAAACUUUCCAGAUGUAAGAAAACAUGAUUUUUUGGUGCAGACGCCAGCAAAAAUCAUUAUACUUUAAAGUCAUGAAUCGUAUCGCAAUUGCAAUAUCUGUAAAUGUUAAUCGCAAUAUGAUUUGUUUCACCAUAACAUUGUUAGCAACUGUACAUGCAACUUUAAAUUUCUAGGUUAACCUCAGUGGUGUUUUGGUUAGAGUUAAGGCCAUAAAAUGCUAACAAA